GGGAGUGAGUACACUUGGUCGAGGACAGUCGGAGUGGGGGGCCUGUUUGUCCACUUUCCAGGGCGACAUGAAUGUUCGAUCGGAGGGAGGCCUUGCGCCUCUCGAGCGCCACUUCCCAUCUGCCUGCCCCCGGCGUGUUCGACCUCGAUCACACUCUCUGGACUGAUUGAUUACUGGUCUGCGUUCGAGUUAGAUCGGAUGUGACCCGUUCAUUGUGCUGGGAGCUUGGACAGGGCAGGGCAGGGAUUCGCUUGGCUUGGCAGGGCUGCCGCACCACGGCACAUCAUCUGUAGAGACAUGCUUUCGUUCCAUGUUUAGGGGCCAAAGGCUGAGGCAGAGGAGAGGCUGCGCAGGAGGAGGAGGGAGAGAAGUGGAUCUGUUUCUGCUUGGAGUGGCGGGGAGUUUUAUAGGAAUGGCAGCUGCCGCGGGGAGUUUAAUUUGUCGUCUGGGACAGGGGGAGUAAAUAGACAGGGAGCGGGUUUGCUGUGUUUGGAUCGCCGGUGGAGGAUCUUGCGGCAGGCGCUCUGUAAUUCUCUUUUGCUAAUGCGUUUUUGAUACUCUGUAAACUCUGUUUUGUCGAAGAUUCUGCGAUUCACCGUCGAGUCUGCUCUUGGCAGUAUUGAUGAUUGCCGACUGGCAGCGGGACUGCAAGAAUGGCGCAGCGCAGCAGGGUGCUGUGCAAGUACUUCAUGCACGGAGCAUGCUACAAAGGGGAAAGCUGUGAAUUUUCACAUAAUUGGGAUGAUCCUGCAAGCAAUGUCUGCAUUUAUUAUCAGCGGGGUUACUGCUCAUAUGGAAGCAAGUGUAGGUACGAACACGUCAAGGUUCAGAAUCCAAAAGUGGCCUCUGCAAUGGCGAAAGUAUUGAAAGCGGGUACGAUUGCUUCUGCAUCCAGCAGUCCUGCAGGGAGUGCCUCUACUCCCGUCAUCAGCCCUGUAUCAGUAAGGAAAUCCGUAUCUCUUGGUGGUUCAUCAAAGGGGUUAUCAUCAACUUCAAAAGUUUCUCCUGCUGCGAGCACGCCUGUUGCUGCGAGCAACCCGAUUACAAUCAAGAGUCCCAGCGUCAUACCUGCAGGUUUACCGUCACUAGCAAACUCUUACCAUGGCGAAGGUAGCGGGAAGUUCUCUAGCACUAGUUCAUCUCCGUCAUCUAGAUGGCAGAACACACCCAAGACUUUAGACGAUGAACUUUAUUCCAUCGAGCAGGAGAUUGAAGUGGCUAGGCUCUUGCAUGAGGAUGAUCCGGCAGACGAGCCUAUCUGUACACUUGGAUUAACUGGCUCAUGUACUCGUGGGUCUGCAUGCACGCAUGUACAUGGGGACCUCUGUCCCACUUGUGGCAAGAAUUGUCUCCAUCCGUUGAGAGCAGAAGAAAGAGAAGAGCACCUCAGAGUAUGCGCACAGAAUAGGAAGCGAUUGGAAGCCAUGCUUAUAAGCCAAGACAUUGAAUGCGUAGUUUGUCUGGAACGAGUUCUCUCAAAGCCUGCUCUUGCGGAACGCAAAUUUGGAAUUCUUUCAGGCUGCGAUCAUCCAUUCUGUAUAUCAUGUGUACGUUCUUGGCGCAACGGUUCUCAUCCACCGGGAAUGGAUUUGAAAACCAUUAUUCGCGGUUGUCCUGUCUGCCGAACCGUCUCACACUAUGUCAUACCAAGCCUGACAUGGUUUUCAAGUCCAGACGAGAAAGCGGAGAUAGUUAACGGAUACAAGAAGAAACUAAGCUCGUUGGACUGCCGGUAUUUCGACCAAGGAAAUGGUAAUUGUCCCUUCGGUACCAGCUGCUUCUACAAGCAUGCUUACAAAGACGGUCGAUUGGAAGAGAUAAAGCUCCGUCACUUAGGCGCGGCAGAUGGCAGUGCUGUUAUAACAAAAAAUAUUAGGUUGUCUGACUUCAUCGGAAAGUUGGAUCUGGAUCCAAGGAGGAGUGGAUAGGCUCGUAUUGUCCCUUCGAUCAAGAACAAGAAGGCAAAUCCAUGAAAUGGCUGCAAGUGGUACAUAUGGAUGAUCAGUUGACUCCUACUUUAGGAACGAGUCAACGUUAUGCUGCAAUGACAGUCAAAGAAGGGAACCGAUAAAAGGACAAAUUUAGUGUUUGUGCAUUGUGAGGAUUUCUUCUGGACGUCGUUUUGUAGCUCCCAUUUGCUUGUAGGCUUAAAUGGCAAUAGGGAUGCACGUCCAAAAGGACUCUCAAGUAGUAGGUUCAGCGUGCGUCCAAUCUUUCUAUCAAUACCCGCCUAUUUCCCGAUGAUAAUGAAGGGCCAAGAUACAGUUUGUCAUUGGUAUCAGAUGAAGGGAUCAGCCACACAAGUGGGAUUAGUUGCUGCAUGUGCUGAAUUUCAGACUCGCAAUAGAUGUCGUUGGGUAGAAUGAGGCAAGCUGACAAUGUACACGCAUCUUUGAGAAAAUUUGUCCAAAGUAUUACUGUUGAAUCU